AUUCAACAUGUCAAGAAAGCUGGACUUUAGCAUCUGCCAGUGAAUCUUAUAAGGUUAAAGAAAGCAAUAAGAUGCUAAACUCCACCCAGUGGACCCUGGGUAUUGACGCUGUUGAAGAAAAUCCAGUGGUUUCACAGAACCCAUUUGAUGUCCAUGGUCUUGAUUUUCAUGAAUCUUACCCUGAAGAAUGGAAAGAGAUGCUGUCAUUUCAGCCUAACAUUGAGGCACCUAUCACUAGCGUGGGUUGCCCCAUGAGGCCACGAGCUUCAGUUUGCCCCAAGCAGCAUCGUCCCAUACUGCUGAAACACAGUCUAAAGGAGCCCAGACCUCCCAACAAGUUAAAGCGACGGCAUACCUUUUCCAGUUUUAAUCAUUCCACUGAAUUAUACCCUGAACCAAAGAGUGAUUUUGACUGUAACCUGGCCAAUCCUGUACAUGCUUCCCCUCCUGCAACAUUGCCCAACAGUAGGAAGAGGAAGUUUUGCUCUAAGGACGUCCUGUCUAAUGUUCCAACUCCUCUGCCUGUUCCUCAGCCCACUUGUCAUAAACGUUCACGAUCACGCUCUUCCUCCCUCGUCUCACCUAGUCAGGUGGCACUUGCAUCUUUCAGCACUUACCUCGGCAACCAGUUUUUACAAAAGAACAUAUAAAAGAACUUCAUCUAUACGUAGAGCUCAGUCGCAGCCCUCAUGUUCUCAAGAGAGCGUCUCUGGUGGAACAAAGGAGGAGCAUAAUUCACAACCAUCCACCUCAACACUGAAUGAAGGACAGAAGGGGGCUUCAGGACAAAAGUCCAAAGGAACAAACCUGUCCCCACUGAUCAUGCCUGUGUCUGUCCCAGUCGCUGUGACAAAUGUUUUAGGUCCCCAAGCCUCUACUUAUCAAGCCGAGAGGUCACAGACUCGUAAAGGUGCAGCUAAGAGGUCUCGUCAUCUUGACCCUUUAAACUGCCUCAUCAUCCCCAGUCCAACUCUGCCUCGACUAUCUUCUCCACAAUGCACCGAUAAUAAGGAUACCCAGGGUUUGCAGAGAAGCUGUGGCACGGGCGGUUACCCCAGCCAGCUGCGCUCGCCAAACUAUCUGACAGACCACCCACUGAGCCCUAGUUUUCAUCCCCCACCCUACACCCCUCAGCCAAUGCUGAGCCCUCUCCGUCUUGGGACAGGCCUUUACUCUAAAAGCCUACCGCAGCAUCACCAAUGCCCAUCUCUUCCCAGCACCCUCGGUGGUGUCUCCUUCCCAAUUGACAACACAGUCACCAGCAUACAGCCGAGGAUUAACGUGGGUUCACAGUUUCAAGCAGAGAUCCCCCCAGUGCGGGACACACUGUACAUGCUGGAUGAAGACCACCCUGCUCAACUCGUCUGGACUCCUUGGAAAGAUCUCUCUACCAACACAGAAACACAACAGAGGGUCACAGAGCUGUUAGACAUGUGCUGUUGCAGUGUGCUACCAGGAGGAGGCACCAACAUCGAAUUCGCUCUCAACUGCCUUCAUGAAGUUCAAGGAAGCAUAAUGGCAGCACUGGAUUUACUCUUAAUGAGAGAAGAUUUUCGGACCUCCUGGCACCCUCUGAAUGAUUACCACUACACAGGGUCAGACCACUGGACAGUGCAAGAGAUUAAAGUGUUCAAGAAAGCUCUGGUUGACCACGACAAGGACUUUCAACAGAUUCAUAAUGUGUUGCAGACAAAAUCAAUAGCCCAGUGUGUGGAGUAUUACUAUAACAUGAAGAAGCUGAAAAAGUUCAAGCAAUGUGUCCGAGCCACAAAUAACAAGGAUGAAGGUGGAGGGAACUCUGCAUUGAGAUGCUCACAAGAGCACCAGCCUGAGCAGAUAAACGGGAACACAGGACAGAAGACAACAGCUGCUCAGAGUGAGGUGUGUGCCAGAGAUGUGAAGAGCCACAGUUCCCCCUCAGUCAGGAUAGAAACUAUCUCCAGAUGGCAGUGGACAAGCAAGGACACAGGUCAAAGCAGAAGGCUAACGUGAACUGAAUUCCAAUCAGUAUUUCAUAAAAGAUCCUUUGUAAGAGCUCAAGUGUGUUUUAGACUACAGUAAAUAUUCGACUCAUUGUCCAGCGAUUAAUAUGGACCGUGAAAUUAGCCGUAAUUGUAAUCCAGAAUAAAGUUCGCAUAAAAAGAAUAGCCAACUUUGUGGAAUUUUUUUUUUCCAACUGUUUAUUUCUUGUUCAAAUUUUGAGAAGUGCACAAGGCACUGAAGUUAACAGUUUGACGUUUUUAGAAUGUACCAGACAGGUUAAUUUAAUAUGACAGGGUUUCAUUAAAAAAAAGGUUUCUUGGUUUUUAUUUGUUCAGCUGUUUGAGACAUUUAGUUUGGGUUCAAAAUUUUCUCUCAAGAUCUGUCAUUACCAGUUUUACUGUUCUACUGAUUUUCCUCCUUUCCAUUUUAUAUGAUCUAUUCUACAAUCCAUGUGAACUAUAAUAAAGUUAUUAAAUUGCAGUUUUACUAUCUUAUGCCAUUAAAACAGCCGAUGAUGUCCAUGUAUAACAAUGUCAAUGCAUAACAUGUUUGCUGUUUAUUAUAUUACCAUAAGGUGUUUGGUUGUCUAAGAAUUCCUUUGCUGUUCUAAUAGAACAAAUGUUUUACUAGUAUUGUUAAACUUGUUUACAAAAUAAAUGAGAACUGAAAAACAAUUUUCCAUUGGUAAUUCUCCAGAAUAUUUCAUAGAUCACUUUAAUCUGAACAUGCUACUAAUAGAAUACAUUGUAAAUUCUACUGUUGCAAGUAUAAAAAAAAAAUAACUAGCACAUCAUUUGAAUGUACAUAUCCCCCAUAAAUAUAAAGGAGGAAGCUAUACUGUUGAAAUGCAUGCACGAGUUUGACAAUGCAUUCCAUGUAAAGCCUACAACACUAACAUGACAAUACUAUCGUAACAGUAACAGUAUAUGCAGAUUUAAUCAAUAAUACAACACUUACUUUAUGGCCUGGAAUUUGAUUGACCAAAUUAGAUUUUUCAGUGUUCCAGAACAGAGUAUGCAAACUGCAGAGAUAAGGUUGGCUUGAUGUCUGCACAGCAGUGAUUACCUAUGACCAAAUCACAGUCGUGCUGAUAUUCAGAACAGCAGCAUGAUUGCUCAUAUUGCAUAAAUAUGUAAUGCUUUAGAGACGUUAAGAGAUGUUAAGAAUGUAGUAAAACCGAUUUAGGCAAAAAUUUUGUAAAACUAUCUACAUUAGUCACAAGACAAUGACUAAACAAAUCCUCAGACCUCUUAGAGACCAAAUACUAUAUUAAACAAUAGUGUCACAAAUUCCUUGUAAAAGGAAUGUUAUUUCAAAACUUAUUUACAUAGCAGUAUAACUGUAUUUAUCUUUUCUCGUAAUCCUUGCGUCUAAAACCGGUUGAUUAUGAUAGUCAUCAGAUAACUAGGUAAUUAAAGGAGCUUACUGUGGGAUGUGACAACUGUUCAAAGGCAACCCUUAAUAUUUACAUAUAUUUUUUUUUUAAAUCUUAAAGGGAUAGUCCACCCAAGAAUGAAAAUUC